CACGCCGAGCCUCCCCGCCCAUUCCCCGCUGACGGGGGCCACCUCUUCCCGGCUGAGCCUUUCAGACCUUGACACAAAGGACGGCAAACUGCCGGGGCAACGUCCCGCAGGGCAGACACUUUGCGGUCUUGUGCCACCUUUCCCUUUCUUUCCCGAGGACCAGAAGAAACUAUAAAUCAACUCUAGAAGGAGGCCCUAAAACCCCAGAAUCUGACACUUUAUGUGGGAUGACCUUGCCUGCUCGAAGAGAGUCUCAGUGAUCUAAGAUAUUUGUUGAGUGUGUGCUGUGUACCAAGCGGCAUAUCUAUAUAUGUAAAAAAAUUCUGGAAGGCAGAGCAGCAUUACCUACACUGCGGUCGUCUUUGCUUUCUGAGAUAACAGGGGUAUCAAGUAUAUAUAUCUUCUGUUAUCUGCUUCUAAAUACAUUCAGAACAAGAGAAAUUUGGACUAAUUUUUAGACUACGCAUACUUUCUAAAUAUGAUGCAUUUCAAAAGUGGGCUCGAAUUAACAGAAUUGCAAAACAUGACAGUGCCUGAAGAUGAUAACAUCAGCAAUGAUUCCAAUGAUUUCACUGAGGUAGAAAAUGGUCAAAUAAAUAGCAAGUUCAUUUCUGAUCGUGAAAGUAGAAGAAGUCUCACAAACAGCCAUUUGGAGAAAAAGAAAUGUGACGAAUAUAUUCCAGGAACAACCUCGCUGGGCAUGUCUGUCUUUAACCUAAGCAACGCCAUCAUGGGCAGUGGGAUUUUGGGACUUGCUUUCGCCCUGGCAAACACUGGAAUCCUUCUUUUUCUGAUACUUUUGAUUUCAGUGACAUUGCUGUCUAUCUAUUCAAUAAACCUUCUGUUGAUCUGCUCUAAGGAAACAGGCUGCAUGGUUUAUGAAAAGCUAGGAGAACAAGUCUUUGGCACUACAGGGAAGCUGGUAAUCUUUGGAGCCACUGCCCUACAGAAUAUCGGAGCAAUGCUGAGCUACCUCUUCAUAGUAAAAAAUGAACUACCUGCUGCCAUAAAGUUUCUAAUGGGAAAGGAUGAGACAUUUUCAGCCUGGUAUGUGGAUGGCCGACUUAUGGUGGUGAUGGUUACCUUUGGCAUAAUUCUCCCUCUGUGUCUCUUGAAGAAUUUAGGGUACCUUGGCUAUACGAGUGGAUUUUCCUUGAGCUGCAUGGUUUUCUUCCUAAUUGUGGUUAUCUACAAGAAAUUUCAGAUUCCCUGCCCUCUUCCACAGCUAAAUUCAACAAUAAGUGCUAAUUCUACAAGUACUUGUACACCAAAAUAUGUCACCUUCAAUUCAAAGACCGUGUAUGCUUUACCAACCAUUGCAUUUGCCUUUGUUUGCCACCCGUCGGUCCUGCCAAUCUACAGUGAGCUUAAAGAUCGAACCCAGAAAAAAAUGCAGAUGGUUUCAAAUAUCUCCUUUUUUGCCAUGUUUGUUAUGUACUUCUUGACUGCCAUUUUUGGCUACUUGACAUUCUAUGAUACUGUUCAGUCCGACCUCCUUCACAAGUACCAGAGUAAAAAUGACAUUCUCAUCCUGACAGUGCGGCUGGCUGUCAUUGUUGCCGUCAUCCUCACGGUGCCGGUGUUGUUUUUCACAGUUCGCUCAUCUUUGUUUGAACUGGCUAAGAAAACAAAGUUUAAUUUAUGUCGCCAUAUCUUGGUUACCAUCAUGCUCUUGAUUAUUCUCAAUUUGUUGGUGAUCUUCAUCCCAACCAUGAAGGAUAUUUUUGGAGUCGUAGGCGUGACAUCUGCUAAUAUGCUUAUUUUCAUUCUUCCAUCAUCUCUUUAUUUAAAAAUCACAAGCCAGGAUGGAGAUAAAGGCACUCAAAGAAUUUGGGCUGCCCUGUUUUUGAGUCUGGGGGUGUUGUUCUCCUUGGUCAGCAUUCCCUUGGUGAUCUAUGACUGGGCCUGCUCAGCCAGUGGAAAUGCAUGCCACUGAAACUGGCCAAGAAAAGGAAACAUUCUGGUCUGCUGCUCAUCAAGUCACCGCACAUCAGCAACCCCUCGCCACUUCUUUUGAAAGCUUUCAGAAGCAAACGGAAAUGUGCAAGAUACUUAAAAUGGAAUGACACUUUGGGUACAAAACAAACCUCUACAUAAUGGUUCCUGUCCCUUCAAGAUUUGGGAUCUCUUUAGGAAUUGUGGAUCUACCCCCCUCCCCCUAAUUUCAUGGAAUCGUAUUUUCUAGUCCUUUUCACAAGCAAUUAUUUUCACUCUCCUAACGCUGUGUUUGGUGGCUUCCUGGUCUCUUAGAACUUUAAAAACAUGAUCAUCCAUCAUGUUUAUUUAUUAUACAUCCAGAUUCUAAAAUAAUUUUCCUACUGAAGUUCAGCUCACAGUAUCUGUAAACUUUUUAGAAGAGAAAUGAACCUUGAAUUGUAUAUAUUUAUUUUGCUUUACAGGAAAAAAAUGGUUUCUUAAAUAAUUUGCUUAUUUUGGUUAACACAGUACACAGGGAUAAUCACAUGAGCAUUGAACGGCACUUGCUAUCGCUGGGUCUGAACAUGCACAAUAGUUGAGGUGGCUCUGAUUCAGGCUGUCCGGUGGCCUGCCACAUGCUUCUCCUGAGUGGAGACUUGUGUGUGAGUGCUUGCACUUGAGAAGGAAGGGAAUGAGACAUUGGUAAAUACAGGAAACUACACAUUUGGAAAAUCUACCAAAUGAAGUUCUGUGUCCCUCUUGGCAUCCCCAUGUCAGAGUUACUCUAGUCAGAGUUGGCUUCUCCAAGGGGGAGACCCAGGGCACCUGCAGUGGAAAGAUUGUCCAAAAUUUCUGAGAGAAUGUUCCUCAGACUCCGGCAGUCUUCUGCCUUACAUCUGUAUUGUUGAAGGGAAGGAAAAUGAUAUUUAGAAGCCCAGCAGCAUUUAGGUCUGUCCACCGGCUUUUAGUAAAGGAGAAUAAUGUGUACCUAAACAUUAUUUAGGAUAAGAAAUUCUUGUUUUAUAUUGAGUAUUUUAGGGGAGUCUUUUAAUGACUUGUUUUAUAAGUUACUAUAAAUACAAGAUUUUUGUACCUUAAAUAAGCCUCACUUAUGUCUAUUCUCCAUUAACUCUCCUCUAGUCUUGCAAAUAACCUGUCAGAGAUGGUCUUUUUGAACAACAUCUGCUGAAAUCACUGUGUACCUUUCUUCUGCUAAUGGGGAAGGCAAGAGGGCCUCCGUUUCCCAUUACUGCCCAUCCCAGCGAGACUUACACAGGAGGGCAGCUGCCCCUUACCAUUACCCCAGUUCUUCUCCUAGAGGCGAGAGCUGGGGGCCAGGCAGCUGGGAAAGGAAAGGGAACCCCAAGGAAGCCAGGCAUCUCCUCCCCAGCUGGCUUCCCCUGUCCCUGGGCUGCCCGUGUCCUGUGCGUUGAGCAGCAUGCCUGGGCCGUGAGCUAUCCUUUUAUCUAUACGCAUUCCAAUUAAAUUCUCCAAACACAGGAGGUCACUGGGUUUCUGGAGAUAAGUGGGCCUAACUGCAAACAGCUGCCAGUGUGUCCUAGCAUUUAGCUCUGGAUUCUAUUCCUCCCUAACUCAAAUCCCUGCAGGCCUUCACUCUCGCUGAGAGUCACUCAGAACUGUCUCUCCCUUUCCAGACUAAUGUCCCAUAGAUAAGAUGGACAUCAAAGGAUGCUGUGGCCCUCUUAGGGGAGAUUAAGAGGUUAUAUUCCUGCCUUGGAUCAACAUAGCUUUUCAUGUAAUGCUGAGAAUUAGAUCUAUAUUAGGUCAAAGUUCAGGCAAUUAGGUUGGAACACCUGACACUGGUAUGAAUCAUAACCCAGUAGACUACACAACCAUCUCUGUCCUUUUCAGAAGUGGUUCCCAUGAUAAGAGCAGUGACAGAUUCUGCAAAACAAGAUUCAGUUGCCCUUUGGCGUUUAUCUGGGGCACCAAGUGAAGUCAGGUAGAAGGACAAGCCUACAUUUAAAAAAAGACGUAGUUUGCAAGCUAUGCUGUGCUCCUUUCUCGUUGCUUUAGAACAGUUCAUUUUACAUGCACACAGUGAAUUCAGAAAAUUAUUAACUCUGGAUGUGUAGUGAUAUUUUUGGGUCUCUGAACUUUGUGUGUCCAUAUGGGAAAUUUUUUAUUUAAAAUAUAUUUAUUUAGAAUAAAUUACAGUAUGGUUGAUAUCUGUAGACCACAUGUUUUCAAGCCUUCCUUUGUGUACUGGAGUGUCCUGUUGACUGAAUAUAUACUAAACCAUACUGUAACUUGUCAAAUGUCACUGAUUACAUGACUUGUGUGUGGGAUUAGCUGUAAAAUGUACCUACCGCUCUUAUUCUUGUUCAAAAUAGUGAAGUGAUAGCCAAAAAAGUACAUGCAUCAUAGACGUUAGGUAGAGCUUAAGCAGCACAGUCAAGUGCUAUAGAUAUUUUUCUGCUAAAUUAGUAGACUAAAGACUCCUGAACCUUAGCUGUGGGAAACAGCACAUUUUCCUGUGGUAGAUAGGAUCUCUACACUAGAGAACCAAGCCAGUUCAUUCUUUGGGUUUAGAACUGUUCUCUAGUUAUUGUAACAGAGAAUACUGUAAAUGCCUAAUUUACUUAGUGCUACUUAUUGAACAUAGAGGUAGCACAGCAUGCAGGAACAGAAUCCACUCACGUAGGCACAGGCAGUCCGAGGUGAGUACGGAAAGCAGAGUCCAAAAUAUUGUAGUUUAAUUGUAACUUAGAAUAUAUUUUCAUUUAAAAAUCAGGUUAUACAUGGAGGUUCAGGCCCUUAAACCAGCUAGAAAAAGAAUGCUCAAACCCAUAGUCUAGUUGAAAUAGGAUAAUGUAAUUUGCCCGUAAAAGAACCGGGCCAACAAAUGGAAUGUACUGUUUCUAGUGUGUAUAUGCUCAGAUGGCCAAGAAUAUGUGGCUGCCUGUCGCUGGUAAGAUCUGGACGUUGUGUCCCCAGCCACAUACCACCGAAGCCCUGCUGACCGGUGAGGUCAGUCACCAGGAGCCAGAGAUGAUCUGCAGCGACCAAAAGUGCAGUUCCCAGAAAAAAAGGGGAGGAGAACUCCCAGACAUCUCCCGGCCGCCGGUACUUGAUCUUUCCUGUGCCUCCCAGGCUGCCUGGCCAGCUUCUAUUGGCAGGACCUUUGCCGGCUUUGGGGUGCAGCUACUGCCCCGCAGCCAGAGGAAGCUCACUACCCACUGUCCCUUUUUCACAUUUUCACGCCCUAUGAAAAGAACGAGUAGCAGUGAAGGUUGGUGUAGACAAAGAUCCCUCUAUUUAGGAGGACACCUCAGACCCACAAAUUGACUUUUUUCUGGAGUGGGACCAGGCCUCCAAGCCAGUGGUUCUCAAUGCACAGUAAUCUGCUACACAGCCUUCAGGGACACUUCAAACUUGAGGACCCCUCCAAGUCGAAUAGCUUCUCUUUUGUUCUACCUGUGAGUGCUGCCUUGGAAGAUAGUUCCUCGAACUCUGGGGAAGGAGUAAAGGGUCCCUUAACUGCUCGCUGUGCUGCUGCUCUUCGGGUCUCUCGGUGCGGUGAUAAUCACGGUGUUCGUAGCUGCAAAGAGGUCAAAACUAAAUUUUUCGUUACUCUUUCCUCAGCUAGAGUGUUGGGUGGCACUUUUAGUCAGAGAGGGGAGGAUGUGUGUGAUAGGAUCAAUUAUUGGUUUUAUGCCUUGGAUCAAAACUGUUAGUCUCCCACCAUAUAUCAGCUUAAAUAGUUUGAGACUUACAAAGAGCACGGGCUUUAAUAAUAUAAUUCCCCCACUCAAACAUCUAGCCACUUUCAAAACAAAGCUGCAGCAUCAUUUAGCAAUAUUAAUAAACAACUCACUUUCCUUAGGGAUGAGACUCCUUUAGCCAUACAACAUUCUCUAAAAUAUGGUGAAUUGUUGACAAUGAUGUAAGGCUUUCAGAUACAAAUUGGGUGCAGGGUGGCUGACAACUGAAAAACAUCACUAAAUCCAAAAGGGAGAGUUCUUGAAAAGUAGGCAGAUGCAGACACCCUCGCUCCUUAGGGUUUGCUCUGAAGAAGGGCCAUGAAACUGCGUCUGUCUGCACACGGGCUGGAAUUUGUAUUUGUAAAGGAAUCUAUGCAGCCGAGGCUUCUUGUAGGGAUACUUCCUUCUUAUGUAAAUACACUGUACAUAAAUAGGAGGCUGUAUAUUUUUGCAGUUGUUGAUCCGCACUGAAAUAGAAGUCACUAGAAUCUGCAUAUAAAAAUGUUUUCAUAGGUAUUAGUGGCUUUUGGUUGGGAAUUAGAAAAAUUUCAUUUUCUCUCCCAGAUAAUACAGUUCUCUCAAUGUAACCUUGUAACCUAAAAGUUUAUUCAAUUGUUUAGAAAAAACAAUGUCUGAGAAAUAGCUGUGUUGAUUUCUUAUGCUGGUGUUAAAGAUCAAUUAUUUAAACAAUAGUUCUCUGAGCUACCAGUAAGGAGUAUUUAGACCCCGAUCACUGUCAUGUAGAACCAGGUGUACACAAAAUGACAAAUUGUUUCUUCAUAAAGUUCUUUCGCUGUUACCAUUGAUGCCACUACACAGUAUUUAUGGAAAUAGAAAUGGGGGGGAUUUUUUUUUUUUCCAAAAUUGACUUGCUGCAUUUCCCAAACUUUGGGAUCUUUGAGGGGGAGAGAAAAAAACCUGAAUAUUAACUAAGAGCACAAAUUUGAUGGGAAAAAUGUUAUUUUCUUUCAAAUGUCUUGCAUGUCUGCUGUUUAUUUUAAUGUCAACACCAACAUAGAAUGUCUUACAUUUUUUUCCAAAACACUUGAAUUUUCAGAACAUUAGUAUAUAAUCCACUAUCUAGAGUUCAAUGUAUUUUAGACUUCUUAUGAGCCUCUUAUGUGUGACCCCACCAUUUCAUUAAUGUAAAAACUUUGUAAAUGAAUUUCAGAUGGGUGAUUUAAAAGUAAAUCACACAUCACAAAACUUUGCUAUUCAGAGUUAAUCUAAUAGAGCUGAGGGUUUUUUUUUUCCAAAAUGUGGUGUAAAUAAAGAAAUGUAAGAAAUUCUGUCUAUAACUGUUCUGUUAACAUAGUUUUUAAACAAUUAAAAUGUGAAAUAAAAGUA